AAAAAAAAAAAAAAAAAAAAAAAGAAUAUUCGUGCCGGUGGAAAAUAAAUAAAAUAGCAAGAUGGCGAACGAAAAUUUUGCAGCUUUGCUGGAGCAACAGCAGCAAUUCACAAAGGCCCUUAUAGUGGAACAGCAAAAGUGGAUGCAAUCGUUUGUGGAAAGGACUGCUGGUUCAGGUCGUAGCGCAAGUGAAUCGGUGAAUUGUCCACCAUUUCACAACUUCAACAAGGACUUACAAAAUUGGGAGUCAUAUACGCAACAGUUAACACAGCAUUUUCUUGCUUAUUCCGUCGGGGAUGAGGAGAAAAAGAAAGCAUAUUUUUUAUCGUGGAUUGGUUCAGAUGUCUAUGAACUAUUGAAAAAUUUAUUUGGAACCGAUAUUCUUCUAACAUUUUCGUACAAACAGUUAAUCGACAAGUUAACGGAGCAAUUCCAAAUGAAGAGACACAUUGUUGCUGCCCGGUACGAUUUUUUCAAGAGGACGAUGAAAGACUCACAAACACAUAGAGAUUGGGUUGCCGACCUUAAGGGAAUUGCGCGCGAAUGUCAUUUUGUGUGCUCUACAGCAGGGUGUACGUCAAACUUUGUCGAUGAUAUGAUUCGCGAUCAAAUUAUUGUCCACACACCUUACGAUUCAGUUCGUGUCGCUGCGCUUCAAAAAUUGCAACCAAAACUUGAAGAUGUGCUAGUAAUAGCGGAGACGUAUGAAACAACAACAAAAACGGUCGCAACAAUAAAAGAAAAUAGCGAAAAGGCAAUCAACUAUGUGCAGGCAAACAAACAGCAAAGUAAAACAAAAAGUGGCGAGCUACCAAACAAAUCUAAUCUUAAAUCUUGUACGGGUUGCGGACAGUCCCAUUCGCGAGACAAGUGUAAGUUCCGUAAUGCCAAUUGUCACAACUGUGGUAGAAAAGGCCACAUAGCCGCUGUUUGCAUGAAAAACAAGAAUAAAAAGAAUCACGAUGAAGUGAAAAGUGCUAAUAACAAAAACAAAGUAGCGAGUACGCAAAAACACAAAGCCAAAAGCGCAAAUACCGUAGACGCGAUCGAAGAAAUUUAUAGUUUGACAGGAGUCGUAAAAGUUGAAUCAAAUAAAAAUAUUAUUGAUGUCGAGCUUUUAAAUAAAAUAGUUGCAUUUCAAAUGGACUCCGGAGCAACAGUGUCUGUUUUUAAUUAUACUACGUAUAAACAGCUAAAUAGCCCACAGCUAACUAAGUGUAAUCGUAUUUUACAUGCAUUCGGGCAACAACCAAUUCCGAUCUUGGGCGAGUUGAACACUGUCGCAAAUUGUGGAAAUAAAUCAAAACAAAUUACGCUGAUUCUGACCAGCAUUGAGAAAUGUAACAAUUUAUUCGGUUUAGAUUUAUUCAAAGCUUUUGCGUUUGAAAUUCAACAAGUUUCGAACGUCGAAGUAGAACUAACACUGCAAAUAACAGAAUUAAGUCGAAAAUACAAAGAAGUGUUUGAACCUGCUCUCGGAGCGAUAAAAGAUUUUAAAGCGAGUGUGGUACUUAAGCCAAACGCUACACCAAAGUUUUACAAGUCAAGGCAAAUACCAUUUGCACAAAUGGCCAAGUUUAAAGCUGAAGCAAACAGACUUACGGAAGCCGGUAUUUGGAAACCGAUAAAAUUUAGUAAUUGGGCUUCUCCUAUCGUGCUUGCGCCAAAACCAGACGGUUCCAUACGCAUUUGCGGCGAUUUUAAGCAAGCUGUAAAUUCACAAAUCGACGUUGAGCAGUAUCCACUACCAACGCGCGAAGCCCUUUUACACAAGAUACGUCAAGGUAAGCAUUUUUCAAAAAUAGACCUCAAGGACGCAUAUUUACAAAUGAUGCUAGACGAGCCUUCGAAACAGAUAAUGGUUGUAAACACGCCUCUCGGUCUGUUUCAAUACCAACGUUUGCCUUACGGUAUAGCUAGCGCUCCGGCUAUUUUUCAACGUUAUUUAGAGCAACUUCUGACAGGUAUAGAAGGAUGCGGAAACUAUUUAGAUGACAUAAUCAUUACAGCACCCACCACUGAGCAGCAUAUCAGCAGAGUUGAGCAAAUAUUGAAAAUUUUACAAGACAACGGAAUAAGAUGCAAGAAAGAGAAAUGCUCCUUCUUCCAAACAGAAAUGGAGUAUUUAGGCCGUCGCAUUAAUGCUAAUGGGAUCCUUCCGGACCAUUCAGGGAUACAAGCAGUCAAGGCACUGCAGCCUUCCGCAAAUCUUCGUGAACUGGAAGCCUUUAUGGGAAAAGUGAAUUACUAUCACAAUUUCAUUCCUAAUUACUCACAAUUAGCUGCGCCGCUCAACCAGCUACGAAGAAAGGGUGUGCCAUUUAAGUGGGGUGCACCACAGCAAGAAGCUUUCACAGCUUUGAAAAACCAUAUUUUAAACGCUACUCAACUAAGUCAUUUUAACGAAAGCUUACCGUUAGUUCUUGCUACUGAUGCAUCUUCUUUUGGUAUUGGCGUAGUGUUAUCGCACAUCCAUCCAGAUGGCUGCGAACGUCCUAUAGCCUUUGCGUCGAAAACAUUAGAUAAACACCAAGUUAAGUACAGCCAAAUCGAAAAAGAAGGCUUAUCAAUUAUCUUCGGGGUAAAGCGUUUUAAUCAGUAUCUCUACGGGAGAAAAUUUACGCUGAUUACAGACCAUAAGCCACUGGUUACGAUUUUCAACCCUAGCAAGCAUCUGCCGUUAACAACAACAAACCGAUUACAACGUUGGGCUGUAAUACUAAUGGCGUACAAUUUUGAUAUUAAAUAUCGCGCUACAACUGCGCAUGGCAAUGCAGACGCACUUUCACGCUUACCAAUGCCCACCGAUGAAAACUUCGAUAAACAAGAGAAUUGCUACAACAUCACUAGCCUAUCGCCACCAAUCAACGCAGCAGUUAUCCAAGAACGAAGAAAAGCGGACAACUUACUAAAAAAGCCAAAUAUUAUCAAAAUGCUACAUGAAGGACAUUGGGGAAUAGUACGCAUGAAGCAAUUAGCACGUCAAUACGUGUGGUGGCCAGGCGUAGACGCAGACAUAACACAGCAAGCAACUGGAUGCAAUGUAUGCAAGCGAAAUAAUCCAGCCCCAGUUUCUGAAUAUCAGAACUGGCCAAAAGCUACAACUGCGUGGGAAAGAAUACAUAUCGAUUUUGCCGGUCCGAUUUUCGGUUCAAUGUGGCUUACAUGCGUCGAUGCAUACUCACAGUUCCCUUUCGUCACACAAAUGCCAUCGACCACAACCGAAAACACAAUUACAGCACUAUCAGCUAUUUUUGCGAUUGAGGGAUAUCCUAAAACUCUAGUUAGCGAUAACGGUCCUCAGUUGAUUUCAGAUGUCUUCCAGCAAUUUUGUAAGCUACAUGGAAUAGCCCACAAUACAAUAGCGCCAUUUCACCCAGCUUCAAAUGGAUUAGCUGAGCGUUUCGUGCAAUCAUUCAAGACAUCAGUCAGCAAAAAUAUUCAAGACGGGUUACCAACUAAAUCUGCAGUUUUAAGAUACCUCGCUUCAUAUCGAUUUGCACCUAAUCUAAACGGGAAGACCCCAGCUGAGUUACUUCAUGGUCGUCCAGUGCGCACACUACUGAGCCAACUUUUUGAACAUCCGAGAAAAGCAACAACAAAUCAGAAACAUAUAACAAAGUACGAAAAAAAUCAAAAGGUAUAUGCUCGAAACUACGCUAAAGGAGAAAAAUGGGUCGAAGCCAUUAUAAAUAGAAAAGUUGGAAAUAUGAUGUACAUUGUACAAACUUUGCAAGGCUAUCUAAAACGCCAUGUAAACCAACUUAAGCUGAGGCAAAGUGCAACCAAUGAGGUAACGCCUAACAAUUUACAGACCUAUGACACAUACCCAACCGUAUCACCAUCAAAUUCACAUCGACGCCGUAGUUCAGAACAACUGACAGAACAACACGCUACACCUGCAGUGGAAAUUGUACCACAAAACGCUGAGCUACCUUCGAGCAAUAACAACAACGCAACGGUGAACCAAGAUCAAACGCCUAGGUCAAGCAAUCAACCUGAAUCUGGUAAACCAUUACGCAGAAGUAAUCGAAUACGUCGAGGGGUUAACCGGUACUCACCGCCAUACAUCAGAAAAUGAAUUUAUUUAACAUAGUAUCAAAUUAAAGGGUGGAGAUGUGAUAUAUAUGUAAAGUUUAUUUCACUCCAAAAUAUAUAUUCAUAUUGUUGUAUAUGUAUGCAUACUCUAAAUAAGCUCCACUCAAAAUAUGUUCACAUACACAUGUAAAACCACAUUCAUAUCAUCAAAUUAAUUCUCAUUUUGUAUACUUAGUUUUAGUUCUAUUCUUUCAAUAAAGUCAGUCUCUCAUCUACUCUUAACUACAACGCGUGUGCUUUCGAAUAUAACACUAGUAUAUUUACUUUGCUUUCAUUUUGAAAAAUAAACAAUUCUAAAGAAAAGU